CGCCCAGGCUGCGGGCUUCCUGCUGCGUCUCCACUCGUGUUGGUUACGGCUGUCACGUUACACGCUGCUCCUCCUCCACGCAACACACUUCCAAGUUCAGGAACCGGGGAAACAUCGACACUUUUUCGGGUGGAGUGGUAUUAAAGGAGCUCUCUGAACAGUACAACAGACAUCAUGGUGAACAUCCCAGAAUACUAUGCAGGAAAAACUGUGCUGAUCACUGGAGCAACCGGCUUCAUGGGCAAGGUGCUGCUGGAGAAGCUGCUGAGGUCCUGCCCAGGAGUCAAAGGUGUCUAUGUGAUGGUGAGGCCAAAAGCUGGUCAGAGCCCUGAGGCCCGCAUCGCUGACAUGAUCAACUGCAAGCUCUUUGAAAGAUUGCAAGACGAGCAGCCCGGCUUCGCAGAGAAGAUCGUAGCGGUGACCAGUGACCUGACACAGCCGGAGCUGGAUCUGAGUAAAGAGGAUCAGAGCGUCCUGGCUGACAACAUUAACAUUGUCUUCCACUGCGCCGCCACCAUCCGCUUCAACGAGCCACUCAAAGAUGCAAUGCAGCUGAAUGUCCUAGCCACCCAGAAGAUGCUGGCCCUGGCCCACAGAAUGAAGCACCUGGAGGUCUUCCUUCACAUCUCCACAGCCUAUGCCAACUGUGACAGAGAGCUCAUUGAGGAAAGGGUAUACACUCCCCCCGUAGACUACCGCAGACUCAUCGAUUCUCUAGACUGGAUGGAUGACGAGCUGGUGUCUGCUCUGACUCCCAAGCUGAUCGGGGAGCGUCCCAACACCUACACCUACACCAAAGCCUUGGCGGAGUAUCUGGUGCAGCAGGAGGCCGGAGACCUCAACGUAGCCAUUGUCAGACCUUCCAUAGUUGGAGCCAGCUGGAAAGAGCCCUUCCCAGGUUGGAUUGAUAACUUCAAUGGCCCCAGUGGAAUAUUCAUAGCAGCUGGUAAGGGGAUCCUGCGUACUAUGAGAGCGUCUAAUGAUGCUGUGGCUGACCUGGUGCCUGUGGAUGUGGUUAUCAAUGCCACGCUGGCUGCAGCCUGGUACUCUGGAUCACAGACACUCACUAGGUCUAAAAACAUCCUGGUGUACAACUGCACAACCGGAGGGAUCAACCCGUUUCGCUGGGGGGAAGUUGAGUACCAUGUAAUAUCCACAUUCAAGAGGAACCCCCUUGAGCAGGCCUUCCGUCGGCCCAAUGUUAAUCUCACAUCCAAUCACCUAAUCAAUCAGUACUGGAUCGCCGUGAGCCACAAGGCUCCGGCCUUCCUCUAUGAUCUGUACCUCAGGCUGAUUGGACGAGAGCCCAGGAUGAUGAAGACGAUCACACGCCUCCACAAAGCCAUGAUGGUGCUGGAGUAUUUCACCAGUCACUCCUGGGUGUGGAACAAUGACAACGUAGCCAUGCUGAUUGGCCAGAUGAGCUCAGAGGAUAAGAAGGUGUUCAAUUUUGAUGUGCGUCAGCUGCACUGGGCAGAGUACAUGGAAAGUUACUGCAUGGGCACCAAGAAAUAUGUUCUCAACGAAGAGCUGUCUGGCCUGCCUGCUGCACGCAAACACCUCAACAAGCUGAGGAACAUCCGUUACACCUUCAACACCGUCCUGGUGGUGCUUAUCUGGCGCGUCUUCAUCGCCCGAUCCCAGAUGGCCAGAAACAUCUGGUACUUUGUGGUGAGCCUCUGCUUCAAAUUCCUCUCCUACUUCAGAGCCUCCUCCACCAUGAGAUAAUGAUCCUGGACAGGGCGGCAGGAAAAGAGGCAAAACACUGGCUGAGGAUUUAGAUUUAGUGGAUGAGCCUGGAGUCCACAGUGCUCUGAAUGUCUCAUAUCUCAGAUCUAUCUCACCUGAUCUCUAGCAUUUCAGAAAACGCCGAGGGAUUGGGUCUAUCUCGGUGUGCUAGCUAAAGAAGCAGAAGCACACGCCCUCAUUGUGUUACUGCUGCAUUCGUUAAGCUCUCAUCUCACCUGCCUGCCAAACAAAGCUAUGCAUUGGAUGAUGCUUUGCUGCACAAAUCCUCCGUUGGUUUUGAGUCAUUCCCAGCUUCCUCUUCUGUAUCUGUCACCUGAAAAUAUAACUCCAUUAUUUACUUUUUUCUUAUUUUGUUAUCAAGACCAGGUCCCUUCUACUCGAUGUUUGCGUGGUUCAGAGAGUUGAUAUUGCAAGGGCUUAGCUCAUACUGACCGUGCCCCACCAAGGGUUGUCAUUGGCUGACUGUCCCCAGUGAACUGCAGUGACUAGUUCCCUCAUUUGGACCAAGCACAAUGUGGACUGUAAUAGUGCCUACAAACAGAUUGUUCUGGCAUCAGCCCCUCUUGCAAACCAAGCCUGUUCUUCUACAGCUCCUUCUUGUCAUGUCUGAAAGUCAUUUGUUUAAUUUGAUCUUGAAGCUAUUUUUGCCAAAGUCCCUCUGAAACAGGUGGAGAGGAGACAAAUCCCCCUUUGCCUUGUUCUUCUCCAUUAAGCUCGAGAAUGUAAUCUUUCAGUACUGGUCAGUCUGUCUUUGAUGUGGAUUUGUAUCUUUUCAGGUUUAUGUAACUUUAUGUGGAGAAAUCAUUUUUAUGGAUCAGUCAUGUUCUUCUCUCCGGUUACUAUCUUAGUUGCUUCUGUAAAUGCACAUAUGCAGAAUUUGUCAUGUGUUCAUGGUGUUUAAGACCUGUUAAACUCUUAAAAUAUUCUGAUGCCUUUAUCAUUCUGCCUCGUUACAUAACAAUUGUGUUUUCAGAGAACAAAUGUCUGCUUGUUACGGAAUGGUCAUCUCUGGUUUUCUAGGAAUGAACCCUCAUUGCCAUAUUUAGUCUUCACUUAGCAUACCUGAAGCACAUGCGUCUUUCCUACUACAUGCUGUGCUUGCAUGUGUCUGCGCAAAGCAUCUUCAAACAGGUUGUUCCUGUGACGGUCCUGGAUUUAAGAAGGAUUGGCUCUUUCAAAGUGGGAGACAAAGGAUCAUGUGACUUGGUGGAGGGAUGCACCCUUUUGGAACGUGUGAAUUGUGCCUGAACUUUUUUCAAUAUUCUAACAAUGUGAAAAGAGAGCGAUCAGAUCUAUGUUUUCUAAUUAUUUUGUGUACAGCUCUAUUUAGGUAGACUUCAAAAUACAGAUGUAUUUUUAUGUAAUGACAUUGUGUGGCUACAAAAAGCUUACUGAACCUAUUUCAGCUGCUGUAAAUAUGUAAACAGAAGUGCAGUAUGUCCACAGCUCAAUUAAAUGACUUUCCUGUGUAGUAUGAA